GUAGUAGUUGUUUUGAUUGAGCCGGAGUUCCUCUCAGUAGGAGUUGUUAAGACACCCUAGAGACAAACAAGGACACGAUGCCAACGAGGAACUCCAGUAGUCAUCAGAUGACUGAGGUUCAUCAGUGCUCGCUGUGUAGAAAGAGUUUUUCCCAGUUGUGUAACCUUCAGCAACACCUGCGCGUACACACGGGAGAUAAGCCGUACGACUGCUCCCAGUGCGGGAAGAGCUUCUCUCAGUCUAGUAACCUUCUGCAACACUUGCGCACUCACACAGGAGAGAAGCCGUUCAAGUGCUCGGAGUGCGGGAAAAGUUUUUCCUUGCUCGGAAAUCUCCAAAAACACCUCCGCGUACACUCGGGGGAGAAGCCGUAUAAAUGCUCGGAGUGUGGGAAGAGUUUUUCCCAGGUGGGUAACCUCAAGCAGCACCAGCUCAUUCACACCAGAGAGAAGCCGUAUCAUUGCUCCGAGUGCGGGAAGAGUUUCAACCGGCGGGACACCCUCAAACAGCACCAGCACAUUCACACCGGAGAGAGGCCGUACGAUUGCUCGCAGUGCGGGAAGAGAUUUAACCAGCGAAGCGCUCUUCAGCAGCACCAGCGCGUCCACGCCGAAGAGAAGCUCUACGAAUGCUCGGAGUGCGGCAAGCGUUUCAACCACCAUAGCGGCCUUCGGCAGCACCGCCGCAUCCACACCGGAGAGAAGCCAUACAAGUGCUCACAGUGCGGAAAGAGUUUCUCCCAGCUAGGACAUUUUCAGCAGCACCAGCGAUACCACACCGGAGAGAGACCGUACCACUGUUUGGUGUGCGCGAAAAGCUUUAAUCGGCAGAGUCACCUCCGAGAGCACCAGCGCAUUCACACCGGGGAGAAGCCGUAUGACUGCGUGGAGUGUGGGAAGAGGUUUAAUCAGCAAGGUGCGCUCAGGCAGCACCAGCGCAUUCACACUGGAGUCAAGCUCUACUACUGCACGCAGUGUGGGAGGGGCUUCAAUCGCCAGAACACUUUUCAGCGACACCAGAUUAUUCACGCCAGGUAGAAGGUAUCAUUUAGAAAAACAGCUUUGAAGAGGCGUACCGGGAGGAAAACCAAGGCUUGAUCUAGGACACGAGUACCAAGAGCACUCACUGCCUUCGUACGGCAACCAGAGGAGUAUUUUUACAUGAAUUACAAGAACCUGCGUGCACAUUGCUACCCAGGUGCAUCAUUUUACCCCCGAACUCCAACUGCAGAUAACACUAUGGCCCAUUUCAUUUUUUUAUUUUUUUCCCAGACAACCAUUAUUCAUGUGGGGGUUUUUUUUUUCUACUCUGUGGUGUCAACAUGAACAAUAAACACUACUGUCAAGAUUUCCAUGACGCUCUCUCAGGAAGAAAACAACUAGUUUCAUCACCAAAUGCGUUCUCUUUUUUUUUCAGCACAACACACAACCUGAUGCUGCCCACUGCACCACUUGCACGUUACAGAAACUUGCCUAAGAAUUAUUGCAGCAUCCUCUGACCUUGCUUCAAGCCAUUUUUACAUACUUGGGCUGUUAAAGGAGUUCCUGGGAGGCCAGCGUUUCAGACAUGAAGCAGACAUAAAUAUACAGAAAAAUACAGACA